UCCUGAGGAAGGAGGAGAUGGUGUUGGUGAUUCCGCAUAGGUGGAGGUUACCAUCGUGAAGAAGAAUGGCUUCCAAGUCGGCCCUUGUCCUCUGUGUCAUCAACCUCCUCUUCUUCACGAUGGUAACCUCCACCUAUGCGCAAUCACCAUCACCUCCAUCCCCAGGAAAUCAGCCAAGUUGCCCUAUCGACGCCCUUAAGUUAGGCGUCUGCGCCAGGGUGCUGAAUUCCGUCACCGUCACCGUCGGCAGGAGGGAUUGUUGUCCCCUCAUUGGGGGCCUCGCCGGCUUCGACGCUGCCGCCUGCGUCUGCACGGCCAUUAGAGCCAAUGUCUUGGGUAUCAACCUUAACGUUCCCCUCUCCUUGGGCCUGAUUCUCAACAACUGUGGCCGAAACGUCCCCAGUGGCUUUCAGUGUCCUUAA